GGAUCAUAAAGGGUGAAAUAAUGGAAAAAGGUAAAUCAAUACUCUGGUACUCGCUGAGACCGCGAACGGCGCUCGUCGCGACCGUCAAUGACGACGAUGAGGAGAGGAAAAGCGUGUGUGCAGUGAAAAACUGCAGGUGUGCGAUACCUCUUCUCCAGAAUCUUCUCUUCGGUCUGUAUCGUCGAUUUUCUCCGUAACGUACCGUUUGUCGCUGAUUAUGAUGCACGCAUUGAUUAUUAUGCUCUACUGCAUUCUGCUCCUUUUGAUUGCUGUUGCUGCACGGUCGAAUAUUUACUUGCCUUUAAUGAAGGAUGUCAAAAGAGAAUGUAAUCCACUAUUUGGAUGUAUCCAGGAGGAGGAUUUAUGGACCGACAAUUUUUUGCAAGAAUUGAUCGAUCAAGUGGGAAAUGAAUUUGUGAGUGCGCCCGAUUCGUACUUGGAAUAUCAGGAGGAGAAAGCCAAGGAAUUGCCGAUGGAAUUGCCGGCCGAUUACGAUAACAUGGACACUUUGAACCCAAAUCCAAGUAUACGAGAUCAGGAGUAUUUACAACACAGUACGCUCUGGAGUCACCAACGGUUCGACAAUAAUAAAAAUAAUAACGACAAGGGUUAUAAUAGACAUAGAAUUCAAUUUAGUCUGAAAGAACUCAAGGACGAAAAGGCGGAAAAUCCUUUACCGGCUUACUGUACUCCUCCGAAUCCUUGUCCAGUUGGAUACACGAGUGAAAAUAAUUGCCUCACCAAUUUCGAAAACACGGCAGCAUUUAGUCGCGAUUAUCAAAGCGCUCAGGACUGUAUGUGCGACACAGAACAUAUGUUAGAAUGCUCCAACGAUUCUGGAAACAGUAACAGUUUAUCAAAUAUGCAUAUUUCAAAUUCUGAUCUCAAUCAAAUUAUCGAACAGUUUCAGGAAGAAAAUCCAUUCUUUCAAGGAGAAAAAUUGCCCAUAGCUGCAAAGAAAGGUAUACACGUGAUCGAUUAAAGACUGCAAAAACGAAAGAAAAUUGGAACAUGAACAUAAGAGUAUAUAAUACAACUUUAUUGAUUAAAGUUUAAAUCAAUCGAGAAAAGGACGUUAGAUUCAGAUACUAUUAGAUGUAUAACUAGGCUCCGCCUAAUAAUAAUAAUAAUAAUAAUAAUAAUAAUAAUAAUAAUAAUAAUAACAACAACAACAACAAUACAAAUAGAACACACGCAUUUACGCAGCGUUAAAGCGUCAAGUAUUGAGAAACGUUGUAACAUUUCCAAAUCUGAUGAUGCACGGAUAAAGUUCUUAAAUGGACCAGGGCUGUUCAUCAGCGGGUUAUUAAAGUAUCUUUUUUUCAUAGCUCUCGCCAAAUACAUAUAAUUAUAUACAUGCACGUUCUAAUAUUAUAAGAUGUCUAUAACAGUUGAGAUUAUUUAGUUUAUAAAAUGUUUGAACAUAUUAAUAUUCUUUCAAUUUACAAAAAUGUAUAUGAAUUUUAUAAGAU